AUGAAGUCCCCAACCUCGAUCCUCAGCCUCCUCCUGGCCUCUGCCUCCUUGGCAUCUGCAUACGCCACUCCUGGAUCUCCAGACUCCGCUGGAAAGGUGGCAUCGUGUGUCGCGCGGUCUCCGACUACAGGGCUCUACUAUGAUCUGAACACCUUGACGGUACCACCGCUUCCGAGCGACGAAAAGUCCCGCAAAUACGCCCGAGAGGAAAGCUGGCAUGUGAAAGGAUACGAUUAUGGUGCCAACUUUACGCUGAAUAUAUGCGGGCCCGUCAUUGAGGAGGUCACGGAUGUCGUCGGGGUGGAGGAGAAAAUGUGGCAGAAUGUCAGCGCAUACUACCAGAAGGACGACAAGACAUAUUCAAUCGGGCAACAAGCGUCCGAUCCAUUUUUCCGAGGCCGUAAGCUUCUCAUGAACUAUACAGACGGCUCGCCGUGCGAUGGCGAGUUCAUUGAAAAAAGCUCGCACAACAAGUCGACGAUGCUCUCGUUCCUAUGCGACCGUGAUAUAACCGCGUCCACGCCGCUGAUUUCGUUCGUCGGCACCAUGGACCAGUGCACGUACUUUUUCGAAGUCCGAAGCGCUGCUGCUUGCGGCGGUUAUAGCAACGACUCUGCUGGACAGGGUCUUUCUCCGGGCGGCAUCUUCGGCGUAAUUGCUCUUAUCGCCGUCGCAGCCUAUCUGAUUGGCGGUUGCGCCUACCAACGGACCGUCAUGCACCAGCGCGGCUGGAGGCAAUGUCCCAACUUCAGCCUUUGGGCGGGGAUAGUUGAUUUUUUGAAAGUGAGUUUACUAUCGUUAAUACCAUUUCGGCGAUCGGCCUGGAGCCAUCGCUCCUUUUCCUUGCACAGUAGCCGAAGCAAUGCGAAGUUACCGGGUUCACGGCGAGAUUGA